CCGAGUCCCGAACGGUGAACCUCGGGCGAAAACCGGCGGCGAAAACGCUAAACAGCCCACUUCCCCACAUCAAACGUGGGGAUGUCCGCCCGCGCGGUUGAACCAGCGAGAUCGCAUGAGCUCCGUUUAAAAGCAAACGCGUUCGCAGUUGCAGAGCCCUCUCCGAAUUGUUUUAACAUCCACUCCGCACAGAACCGUCACUAUGUCUUCCCCUAAGGGCCCUUUCACUCUUGUCACCGUCAACACCGCUCCCGAGAGAGCCAAGCGCCUCAUCGGACGGAUGGUUGAGGCCCUCAAGGACCGUUACACGAUCAUCUACCUUGACAACUGCGAGAAGAUCGAGGAGGUUGAGCCCAAGGUCAAGCAGCACAUGCCCGACGUCCUGUUCAGCGCCUCCAUGUGGACCGCGGAGCAGGCGAACGAGAUUCACUCCAUCGCCCGGUCAAUCAAGCCCGACAUCAAGCUGCACGCUAUUCCCGAAGGUCUCCAGGUCGAGAGAGGCCCAGAUGCCAUUGUUGAAUACCUCGUGGAGAAGGUUCCCCCUCUUUUGGAUGCUUAGAUGUGACAUAUAAGCGGGGCGGUUUCGGAAUCGUGAGAUCUUCAUUGUGAUGUUGACGAUAUUCUACUACGUCUUGUAUAUAAAUUUACUUCACCAUGAGCCUCUGAGAAUAGAUGAUUUACGAUUCCCGUGAGAUAUACAACUGACAUACAACUUCAUUAUCCCAAGUUUGUAUAUCGAGGGGGGAAUAAGAUAUGGCGAGGUGUAAUCCCGGGCUAUCAGUCAGCGGGGGAUGCACCAUAUGAUCAUUUCUAGCCCCUCUUUGUUUUGGGUAACAUCAUGAACCCCGGAGGUCUGGUAGUUCUUGCAGUGUUUUUGGAAGACCAAAUCAAACGCCAACAAGCAAACGGCCACGGGUUCUAACUUCCGGGGGGACUCGAAAAUCG